UGGAAGACAUGAUUUUUACUGCGUUGGAGGGAGGGGUACACUUGUUGUUGUGCCAUUGAAAGUUGGGGGUGAAAGUGGCGCUAUCCGGGUGCAGAGACGUCGGAUCUCCCAUUCAAAAUAGGUAUUCGAAGAAAUCACCGAAACCAAGAAGAAGUGGAUGCUCUAGAAGGGAAGCAAAGUCCUCUUCCAGAAACGGUUUGCUGGAAUGGGUAAUCUUCUAAAAGUCCUUACAAGGGAAAUAGAGAACUAUCCACAUUUUUUCCUGGACUUUGAAAAAACCAAAUGGGGAAUCUGUUAAAAGUGCUCACUUGCACUGAACUUGAGCAAGGACCAAACUUUUUCCUUGACUUUGAAAAUGCACAGCCCACAGACUGUGAGAGAGAUGUAUGGAACCAGGUGAACGCGGUGCUCCAGGACUCUGAGAGCAUCCUCUCUGGCCUACAGGCCUACAAGGGAGCCGGACAGGAGAUACGAGAGGCCAUUCAGAACCCCAAUGACAUGAUCCUACAGGAGAGAGCCUGGAACUCAGUCUGUCCCUUAGUCAUACGACUCAAAAAGUUGUACGGCUUCUCGCUGAGACUAGAGAGGGCCCUUCAGAGCCUGCUGGAGUCCCUGACAUGCCCGCCGUACACCCCAACCCAGCAUCUAGAGAAGGAGCAGGCUCUGGCCAAACAGUUUGCUGAGAUCCUUCACUUUACCCUGCGCUUUGACGAACUCAAGAUGAGAAUUCCUGCCAUUCAGAAUGACUUCAGUUAUUACAGGAGGACCAUUAGCCGAAACAGGAUAAACAACAUGAAUUUGGAUAUAGAGAGAGAGGUCAACAAUGAGAUGGCCAACAGAAUGUCACUGUUCUACGCCGAGGCGACGCCCAUGCUGAAAACCUUAAGCACAGCUACGACAAACUUCGUAACAGAGAACAAGACAUUACCCCUGGAGAACACCACUGACGUUCUCAGUACAAUGGCCAGUGUCUGUAAAGUCAUGCUGGAGACACCAGACUACACGUGCCGGUUCAACAGUGAGGACACGCUGCUGUUCUGUAUGAGAGUGAUGGUUGGAGUCAUCAUCCUGUACGACCAUGUCCAUCCCAACGGAGCCUUCAACAAGUCCUCCAAGAUAGACAUGAAGGGAUGCAUAAAGGUCCUGAAAGAACAGCCAGCAGAUAAUGUUGAAGGUCUCCUGAACGCCCUCAAGUUCACCACCAAACAUCUGCAUGACGAGUCCACUCCAAAAAACAUCCGCUCCAUGCUUCAGUAACGUUUUCAUAUGAAGAGGAUCAAUGUACUGACCUCAACGAAAGAUGUAUAUGUUUACAUAAUUUAAAAGACUGGAUGUUAAUACUUGUGUAUUUACAUAGUCAUUCCCUGCAAGUUACUGAAACGUAUAGAACGUAUACCCUUCGAGAAAUGAAUUGCCUUUUACUGUUAUUAUGUUAACAUACCUUUCAGCCUUACAAACUGAGCUUGGCAAGUAGCAUUUGGAGAAACAAGCACUCUGGUUGGUUCCUGUGACUGAGCCAAGCACUCUGGUUGGUUCCUGUGACUGAGCCAAGCACUCUGGUUGGUUCCUGUGACUGAGCCAAGCACUCUGGUUGGUUCCUGUGACUGAGCCAAGCACUCUGGUUGGUUCCUGUGACUGAGCCAAGCACUCUGGUUGGUUCCUGUGACUGAGCCAAGCACUCUGGUUGGUUCCUGUGACUGAGCCAAGCACUCUGGUUGGUUCCUGUGAGUGAGCCAAGCACUCUGGUUGGUUCCUGUGAGUGAGCCAAGCACUCUGGUUGGUUCCUGUGAGUGAGCGGGCGAAUGAAAGGAGCUUUGUCUGUGGUUUGUGUCAACAAAAGAUGAAUUCCAAAUCAACUCCU